AUGUCAGUUCAAGAGUUAAACUCUGCAAUAUGGAUCAUUCGACAAUACGGUAGUACGAUUCAAGAAAAUGAAGCUGCUAUUUGUAGUUCAGGGUACUUUACAUGUUCACCGACUAAUGAUCAUAUCAUAAAAAUUAACCUUGAUGGAUACCCGACAACAACAACUGGAGCAUUACCUCCUUUACAAACAGAGUUUGUAUUUCCCGAGUUGGUCGAGUUAAGGAUAAGAGUGGAAAUGUUAAAGACACCCUCUUUCAAUAUUCUAGAUUACAUUGGUACUUCGGUUGCUCUUAAAGUCAUAGAUAUCAUUAAUGAUGGGUCAGUUACAAGGAUUCCUACGGCAUUCAUAGUUACUUCAUCGUUUACAGAGUUCCCACUCUCAGUGUAUCCCGAUACACUCGAAUCAAUUAAAUCACGAAACGGAGACCUAACCACAUUCCCAAAUGUUCCACAGUCGGUUUCAUCCUAUGAAUUCCCAAACAACAAGUUACAAGGUGCCAUUCCAUGGAAUAUAUUUCAAAAUACAAAUAAUAUUUUGUUUGAUAUUUCAAACAAUCCUUUAAUUACAUCAACCUCGGUACCACAAUCAUUUUGUUCCAACAAAUUGCGUAUCAGAGGAUGUCCUAGUAUUACAAGUGUACCAGACUGCUUCCUUUGUUAUCGAUUGAAUACUAUAGCGGUUCAAAUCGAUAUUAUCCCCGAUCCCGAUUUUCAAUGCAAUAUUGUUUUGGAUUCGACCAUGAUUUAUACAGUAAAAGGAUCAGGCAACAUCACUGGAGAAAACAUUGGAUAUGGAAAUAAUGUUGAUAAUAGAUACUUGCUUCGCCCAUUAAUUUCAAACAAACAUUUGAGUUUCUUUGAUGGAUUAAGAGAAGUUGGACCACCAAGAACCGUAGCACUUACAUUGGAUAGUAUGUACCCAUCGUACACGUACAAUUUCACCGUUGUGGAAGUUGCAAUUGAAAUGGAAUCACUUUUGUACAGACAAUUGCCAACAGGUGUCGUUCAAUUUAGGGCCUUUGUUUAUAAUUUCAAUGCAUAUAUUCCUCAUACUUUUAAAAUUAAUGGUCGAGUUGAUUCAUUUUAUCCAUCAAAUGAAACCUUGGUUUCUUGGGAUAAUAUUAUAAAGGUUGGUUCAAAUUAUUCUUUUACUGGAUAUUUUGGAUUAGGAUCUGGUAGAUCGGUGGCCGUGUAUUUCAAUGGUGACCCAUCUAUUUGCACAGUUUUUAAUAUCAGCUCAGGGGUUGUAGAAUGCAACCAAACAAAAUAUUGGUCAGGUAUAGGUUUGACAAAUAUUACCAUAAAUGUCAAUGGGUUUUGGUCAACUCCAAUAUUUGCAAAUUUAUCUUCACUCGAAAGUUUAUGUAAUACUACUGGUUGUUCGGGUCAUGGAAUUUGUGAUCAAUAUGGAGUUUGUGUUUGUGAUACUGGUUAUUAUUCUGAUAAAUGUUUAGGCAAAUACCCUACUUUUGCAUCAGGAUCAUAUGAUUUAAAUAAUAGAAAAUUAAUUAGCAUUUAUGGUGAUUUCGGACCAUACAAUCAAACUAUUGUAUCAAUCAAAUUGAACGAUACAGAUUGCCAAGUUACAUCAAAAUCACAAUCAUUGAUUAAUUGUACAUUGGUCAGUGACCCAAGUGAUGGUUUAGCAUUGGUUAGAUUGACUGUCGAUAAUUCAACAAAUAAUGGAAAUAAUUGGAUUUAUUUCCAUCAUCGAUCAAGUGGAUCAGGAUCAGAUAGUAAUGAAUUAACGUGUCCAUUUAAUUGUUAUGGUCACGGUCAAUGUAUCAAUGGGAAAUGUAAAUGUGACACUGAUAUAUUUCAUUGA